CUCACCGCUGAAGAUAUCAAGCGUGGCUUAGGCCUAACAGCCAAACACCUGAAAAGCAAGAAAAAACAGAUAACCGUCGUGGCUGUUGGAGGUGCAAUAAACAUGAUUCUUCUUCGUGCGUAUUCGUUCAACGAUCUCCUAAUGAUGAUGCAACUGACAAUCUCGUACAAACUCCCGUGUUUCUACGGCGGAUGUAGAGUUGAUGCUGAAAACAUUGCUCUUGGUGAAGGGUGGACGAACAACCACACUGCACUUUUCAUUGCUCCCAACACUAAAACCAACCUCUACAACGAAGCAAUUAGCGAUGGUGUAGUCAUAUUUGAUGAGCCUGGGCUUCAGGUACUCGCUGCGCCCUGGAUGUAUUGUCUAGUAGCCAAAUUAGAGAAGGCCGAAAAGAAAGGGAACGCGAAGUCCUAUGAUAUGUCCGAUGCGUCGCAAUACCUCAUCCAAGAAUCCAAGAGGAGGGGAGCGAAAAUCAAGGUCGCAGACAUUGAGGCGAAAGCGAUCGCGUACGGGGCCAAAAUUCAGGAAGCGCAGAUCAAGGAGUUAAAGGCUUUGUGUGGAGGAUAUGUAGAUGGGUGAAUCAGUUUAGCGACGAGCACACACUUUCCUGUAGUACAAGUGUAUGAUAGUACAAGGAUAUGGGCAUGACGUGUUAACCCAUACUUGUAAGUGGGUAGAGAGCUGGCGGUACGAACACGUUACUAGUCAGUGGGUAAAUGCGAUAGUGGAUUUCGAUGUCUUAUAUAUCAAUGACGACAGGAGGCCGGAUAUCACGGUCUCGCGGACCUCCUACCACAGAUGCAUUGACAGCAACUGUCCUUAUACCAUUAUCCCGGCCACCCCAAAGUAUCGCCCAUAGCAAAUGCAUAGUUUGAAACCAACCCCCUUUCUUGAGCACCAUGUCCUCCCAUAUUGACUGAGCAGAGUUCCAGGGCAUAUUCUCG